AUGGUUGUCAUUCUGCUUCUCGUGCCAUCUUCAUCUUCUUCGUCGCUCACAACAACAACAUACACGAACUCGGUUUCCAUUUCGCAGCCAAAGUAUCAUGUUUCAAACAGCAGUAGUGAACACAAUCGAACGCCUUUACAUUCAUCAAAUUAUUACUGUUACGGUUCACAACCGCUUACUCAUCAUCAAUCAUAUAUAAAUGCAAGACCCUCAACAUCGUCAAAUGCAAAUCGAAAUAAUUAUAAUUACAAUCGCGAAUAUGUGAAUCAUAUAACACGAAUAAACAUAUCCAAUGAUUUCGAUCCACAGAUUGAGACUUCGAGUGGUGAGCCAGAAGCUAUCGUCAAAGAAGAAGAAAUAAUCACAAAACGUAAGACAGAAUUGACAACAACAAAACAGAUCGAAACGCGAGUGAAGCGUCAAGUGAAGUUUGAAGAUGGCAAAGUUAUUGAAGAUUCUGGUCCAAUUGUUUCAACCGCAACCACUGAAGACACCGACAAAGUUGAAUCAGAACAAACAGAGCGAAAAACUCUUGGUGAACCACCAACCACCCUUAAAGACAGUCCAGAUGCUUUGGAAUUUAAUAAAAAUUCAGUCAAUGGUGAAUCUAGUCAAAUUGCUCACCCAUCAAACUAUGUAUUGUCAGCAAGAGACGAUGGACUCGUGCGCGAAGAGAAAAAUAAUCGCGUUGUGUCGCGUGAGGAUACAACGGAACUAACAGAAAUUGAGGAUGUCCGGCAUUAUGGAGACUUUUCUGAUGCGUUUGGAUUUAUCAAGAUGCUUAAUUUGAAUUUAAUUAAAGGAUAUGACUUGUUAAAUGAGGGACUGUGUGAUGGUGUGUAG